UUAAACACUCACGCAGCCACGCUUUUGUUUACGCUCAAGAAGGUUUCAAGCAAAACAAUUGACAGCCGCCAAGCUCACUCCUCUCAAAUUCAUCUUCUUUGCCUGUUGUCAGCAAACCAGAAAUGGGGCGUUUCAGCUGCCGUUGCUUUGCGCUGGUGUUGGGAGUAACCUCUGCCUUCAAGUUCGAUUUUGUGCCAGAACGCACAAGCGUCGCUACUUUCCACUCAAACCUACCAGAACUGUACUCUCUUCAGGAGUCUCAGCUGCAAUCUCCAGAACAAAACUCCUACUGGAUAGCAGCCUUCGUCACCGCCACCAACAACCACCAGUAUGCAGUCAUGUCUCAAACGUUCUUGUCUUUGAGUGGUCAGGCUCAGUAUCAGUCUGCGAUUCUUGAUCUCGAAGACACCAACAACUACUGGCGCACGGCAGGCUCAUCACCGCUGAUUGGAAAUGCAACAAUUAAGAAUGGCGUGCUUGAUAUUGAACUCGAAGCAUUUGGGUUUAGAGGGGUCUCUCAAGACAGUGUUUCCACAAUGAACAUGUGGGGUGAAGCAGAGACGCAUGCACUGAACAUCACCUUCGACUCCUCGCCAGUGCUCCUGAACGCUGGCGUUGGCCGAUUUCGGUGGGGGACUGGUGUCACGACGCAAUGGUCACUGCCGAGAUGCAAGACUCAAGGAACCUUCACUAUCAACGGUACCACCCUUGAGAUCGAUCCUGAGAGGUCCCUGACGUGGUACGAUCGUCAGCAUGGCUUUGGUGGACCAAGUAAUUUCACAUGGUUCGGCAUUGUUUUCUCGGGUGGUGUGAAAGUCAGCGCCUGGCUCUCUGACACCACGGGACCUUUUGAACAGCAGCUGAGGUUUGCCACCGUUCACGCAGAAGACGGGCUUCACCUCCUCCGGUUGAAGGAAGAGCCGGGAACCAGGGGCCCUUGGACAUCGCCCAACACAAACCUGACCUACGCUCAAAGUUGGAGUUUGAAGUUCGACAACGGGGAUGCUUUGAGCAUAAGAACCGUCCGGGAAGACCAAGAGAGACUGCUUGCAGCCCCAUUCUAUAGCGGAGUCGUCGAGGUAGAGGGCAGUUUCUUCGGUCAGCAGCACGGAUUCGGCUUUGUGGACAUUGUUACAAGUCCUCUUUAGCUGAAUGACAACGCCCCUAAGAAGGUCUGCUUAUUCCCGUUACAUGGAGCGCCAGGACUAGGUCUUGUAUGAGAUGGACAGCCCACGCAGUUUUCCGGUCAUGGGAAUAGCCUUUUAUAAGUAUAUUUGUGUCAUGGUCUGAGGUAUAUCAUGUUUCUUUAGGGGUAUGAUUUACUGUAAGUAGCUCCAGAUAAGGAUGAGAGGAAAGCUGGUGUUUUCCUACCUAUAGUCAAGAGACUCGUCAAACACAAGCUUCUAUCAUCAUAUGAAGACGUAGGGUGUAGCCCU